GGGCGUGUCUAAUAAACAAAAAUGGCCGCAAUAAGAGAAGUCAGUAAGGCAUGGCGUCCAAUAUCACUCCUUCCAAGAUCCUUUGGUAAUGGAGUUAGGCCCUAUUCAACAGGAGGAGGAGAACCGCCUAAUGGCUUUCUUUUCAAUGAAAAACCAUUGCUGCCUGGAGAAAAGAGAAAAUGGGAGAGUUGGGAGAAGCCCUGGUAUAUUGGUAUGGGCCUCAACUUUUUGUUGGUGUUAGGGAUAUGCAUAUGGAAACCAAACACUAGUGUUAGUUCUUGGGGUCAUCAGAAAGCAUUGCAAAGAUUAGAAGGAGAUAGCACUUCGGAGAGCACGGAAUAAAGCAAGUAGAAUUAAUAACCAUCAAUAACUAUUAGUAAUUAUUAAUAACCAAUAGUAUCUCAUUGUUAUAAAAAUGAUAAUAAUAAUAAUAAAAAUAUUAAAA